AUGCAAGAACGUCAAGUUAACUGGAUGUUAAGUUGUCCCAAUCCAACUCCGCUUGCGUUUUUUCAAUAUAUAGUUCCAACACAUCGUGUUCGAGCAACUGAAAAAUAUUACCAAGCACUUGAUCUGGCUUUGAGCGAAACUGAUAAUCAUGGACUGCAGAAUUUAGUUCGCCGUUCUAUACAUAGUACAAACCUUAAUAUUCAUGAGGAGAUAAAUACAUUUGCGCAAAACAAGGAUAUGCCAUCAGCAAAACGCGUCAGAAUUGAUGGGGUGAAGACUUUGAUUGAUAGCUUAAGAGAUGAAGAGAGGAUGGACAACAAGGAUGGUGAACUGGAAGUGUAUGCCAAGGAAACCAUUCGAAAUGAUGGAAAGAAAUGGAUUAUAUACGAUACUGAUGUACAUAAUUCAUUAACAAAAUGGAAGCAAGAAAGAGUUCAACCACGCACUGAUCUAGCAUUCUAUGACAUCAUAGAUAUUUCACCAGGUUCGAAUAGUGGUUUCGUACAAUCACUACCUCGUGAUGUAGUACAUGAAAUAAGACGGUCAAAAUCAUUGUCAACACCUAAUAUGGACAAUAUAGAUGGAAUGAAAGAUUAUAUCAUUGAUUUUAUUAAGAAGAAAAAUUUUCGUAACUAUGUGGAUGAGAGCUACAUGAAAACACGAAUCAACAAUACUACAAAAUUCAUAUGGGACUAUUUGAACUUCCUUGUGGAAUCAUUUGAAAGAGACAAUGAUCUUGCAGAUUAUAAUUUGUCCGAGUUAGGGUAUCAUGAAAUCUUCCUCACACCUCUAAUGCGUAGUCUCUUUCGUGGAAUGCACCAGGAAAUGAUGGCUCUCACAACUUCUCGGGAUACUCCCUCCAUUGAAUCAGAACAAACACCUAUCUAUCAGAACGAGAACCAAAGUAUUUCAGAAGCGCCUAUUAAUCAGUCACAAAGUGCCAUUUCUUCUAAAAUAAAAAUACCAUAUAAUCAGAGAAUAGAGCAAGGUUUAAUUCAAGAAGCGAUUCUAUUUAUUCAAAAAGGAGUACUUACCUCACCAAUUAACAACCUUAAAACUCAAGAGAGUGACGUGAAUAUAGGCAAUGAUAAAGGUGGACGAGAGCUAGCUCAAUUAUUUUCUGAUGCUGAAAUUGCGGAAGGUAAAAUGGUAGAGGCCAAGCAAAAAGAAAUCAUAUGCUGGUAUACUUAUAGAGAAGCAUACCAAAACAGUGUUGCUGAAAUUCAAUCCAAAACUGGGAUUGCUGAGAAAACUGCAAAGACUCAAGUUUAUAUUAUGAUUAAAGCUUCUUUACCCAAAGUUUCAGAUGUGAAUCUAUACAAAAAGACACAAAGAGCUGGAACUAUUUAUAAAUUGUUUGGAAAAAUUAUCGAUCCUAUAACCCAGAAAGAAGUUAAGGGGAUCGGUAUAGACAAAGCUUAUGGAAUUUCAUAUGGUGCAAAAUCUAUAUCAGAAUUAACCAAUGUCCAGAUUUUAAAUAUUAUAAAACAGGUCACAGAAAAAUCACAUGACAUCCUGACCAAUGGUCAGGAUCGAACCAAACCUUUUGGUUCAAAUGAUUUAGCAGAAACCAAGAGCAGGACCAUAUAA